UUCCUCUUUCGCUCUCUAAAUCUCUCCAUCUUCUCCUUGUCUCUCUCUCGAUUUAUUACAGAUCCUUAAUUGCUUCUUCUUCUUUUUUUUUUCUCUCUCUUUGGUAUCUUUGUGUCUUGCUUUGUAGGAAUUAAGGAAAGGAAUCAUGAGUCCCACAAAGUUUCUUGAUGAGCAACAGCCGAGGAAGGAGAUCAAUGGUCCACGUCCAUCUCCAUUGAAGAUCAACAAGGAUUCUCAUUCCAUUAACAAACCAUCAUCCACUUUAUCCUUCUCUAAGCCACCUGCGGCGAAGCAUCAGCAGCGACAUCCCGUAAUCAUAUACACGCAUUCACCCAAGAUCAUCCACACGCAAGCUCGUGAUUUUAUGGCCUUGGUGCAGAAGCUCACGGGUCUGUCUUCGUCCUCCGACAGUGUUCAGAAUAAUGCACCACCCCAACCGCAGGAGGCUGUCAAGGCUUCCUCAAGGGAUGAUAACGAUUCGUCUUCGGUUCUUACUGAUGAGCAUUGCGGUGGUGCUGGCGAUGCUCAGGUCAGCUCAUCUUCCGCUUCUCCAAUCUUCAACGCCUCCAAUCCUUACCUUGCAGAUAUCCCUCUAUUCACCCCGAAUUCCACUGAUUUCUUCUGCUCUCCCUACCCCUUUUAUAGAUAUCCCGAUCCGGCUUUCAGCUCCCCAAACAUGGCCAAUUCAAUCUCACCUUCUGUUUUUGAGUUCAUGAAAGGACUCCCAGAAUAUUGAGAUGAAGUGAUUUGUGUUUUCGGGAACUGAUUCCCCCAUUCACUUCUCUCCAUUUGAUUGACAAUUCAUUUCUUGUUCAUAGGUUGUUUUUCCUUUUCCAUUUUGUUGGUCAGUCUUCUCCUGUGUCCAAUGUUAAUUGAAGAGAUCAGUUGUUCAGAAUCAUUUGUGACUUACAAUAAUUUAAUUCAUUCUUUGGCCGUCCAUGAAA